AUGCACAUAGAAUUUAGAAGCAAAAUCAAAUCGUUCAAAGAUAAUUAUGAACUGAAAAUUGUCACCUAUGCAAAGGUCAGUCAGAAGGAUAAACUAAAAGCAGCCAUAUCAUCCCUACAAUUAAAGGUCAAGGAUCUUAACGAUUUGCAAAACAGCAAUAAGAAGCUCCUGAACAUACAAGAACAUGCUUGCAGUGUGGAACAGUUCAUUACACAAAAGUUUGCAAAACUCCACCAGUUUCUAAAUGGCAAAGAACAAAAAUUAAUUCAGCAGCUUAAAAAUGAGGAAGCAAAAAUACUGAAUGAGAUGAAAGAGAAUAUUGAAUGCAUUAAAAUGAAUAUGGACACUCAUGUGGCUGGAUCUGAUGUCAACCUGGAGUGCAAGGAUGAAGAACUGGAGAUUGAAGCAAACUCUGAAAACAGUAACUCUGCUGUGGUAACACAGGAGGCAGAAUCUGAUGAUACUCUGGAGCUACGAAAAGGGGAAAGCACUGGCUUGUUAACAGAACAUGCCUUCAGUUUGGAACAAUGCAUUGCACAACAAUUUACAAAACUACACCAGUUUCUUCAUGACAAGGAGCACCAACUCAUUCAGCAGCAACAGAGUAAAAAGGCAGAAAUUCUGAAAGAAAGGAAAGAAAAUCUUGAAUGUUUUAAAAUUACUGAUAUAGCAGGGCAUGAUGCCAACUUGGAUCUCAAGAAUGAAGAAGUGGAGACUGUAGCAGAGAUGGAAGAAAACUCUGAAGACUUUAAAAGUUAUGCUUUUGUAACACGAGAAUCUGGUGAAAAAGAUUAUCUAAGAAAACAGGAAACUACUGGCUUAUUAACAGUGCCAGAAACAUUUGAGGAUGUUGCUGUCGCUUUCUCAGAAGAAGAGUGGAAUAUAUUAAGUAAACAAGACAAGGAGCUUCACAGGGAAGUGAUGGUGCAGAAUUAUGACUCCCUGAUUUCACUCGCCAGAUUUAAUACCAAUCAUAUCAUCAAGUUUGGGGAUGACACCACAGUUGUGAGCCUCAUCAGUAAUGAAGAUGAAGAAGCAUACAGGGAAGAAGUGACUCUACAGACUGACUGGUGUGCUAGGUACAAUCUUGAUCUCAAUGUCACCAAAACCAAGGCGAUCAUAAUAGACUUCAGGAGAAACCAUCCAGCUCACUCUCCACUCGUGAUUAAUGGAGAGGGUGGAAAUGGGUACAAAAUCCCACCAAGGAAUUUAUUACAGCUCCUUAAAGAAGCUGAUGAUGAUGAUAAACUGCCACAGAGUGAUUUGGAAGAAAAAAAUCACACCAAACAUGAAGUUAAUAUUGAAGACAAGCUCAGCGGUGGGAAGCCCCAGCUAUGUCAUUCAACAGACAGUCUGAAACAAGGUUCUCAGCCUGCAAAAGGCUCUAACGAGCUUCAUCUCACAUCUGCACCCCAGCUUCCCUCAGGACAUAACUGCAACAUGAGCACUGAAUGUGACAUUGAAAAAAAACACUUAUAUCACUGUACAGAAAACCCACAGCAACGUAUUCAGCCUGUAAACGGCUUCCAUAAGCUCCAUCUCACACCUGUACCCCAGAUUCUAACAGGAAUAAACUGUAUCAAGAAGUUUGAAUGUGGCAGUGAAUCACCUGAGGUCCGUCACCUGACAGAGAAAUGUUUGCCAUGUGCUCAGCCUGUGAAGGGCUCCAACAAGGAUCAUUUCACACCUGUACCACAGCAGGACUCAGGAGCUAACUGCUGUGAGAGCUGGGAGUGUGACAGUGGGUCACCCGAGUUAAAUCAUCCUGCACAGAACCUGCAGCAAUGUGCUCAGUCUGUAAAUAGCUCUGACAAAGUUGACAUCACACCUGUAUCAGAGAUUCACUCAGGACAUAAUGGUAGCAAGAACUCUGAGUGUGACACGACUUUUGUUGUACAGCCAAGUCCAGUUUUAUACCAGAAGAUUCAUAAAGAAGUAAAACUAUACAAGUGUCCUGAGAGUGAUAAAGGUUUUGCAUUUCCCAGUGGUCUUCAAAAACACUAUCCCAUUCAUUUAGAGGACAAACCGUAUAAAUGUACUGAAUGUAGUAAGAGUUACACACAGAAGGCUAGUUUGCUCUACCACCUAAUGAAUCACAGAGGGGAGAAACCAUAUAAAUGUGAUGAAUGUAGUAAGAGUUUUAUACAGAAUAGUGACCUUGUAUGCCAUCAGGCCAUUCAUAGACAGGAGACGCCAUAUAAAUGUUCUGAAUGUAGCAAAUCAUAUAAGCAGAAGAAUGCUCUCCUGUAUCAUCAAAAGUCUCACACGGGGGACAGACCAUAUAAAUGUCCUGAAUGCAGUAAGAGUUAUAAACAGAAGAAAGCACUUCUCUAUCACCAAACGAUUCAUUCAGGGGAGAAACCAUAUAAAUGUCUUGAAUGCAAUAAGAGAUAUAGAGGAAAGAGUGCUUUUCUCUAUCAUCAACAGACUCACACAGGGGAAAGACCAUAUAAAUGUCUUGAAUGCAAUAAGACCUAUACAGUGAAACGCUCCCUUCGGCAGCAUGAAAUAACUCACAGACGGGAGAAACCAUUUAAAUGUCCUGAAUGUAAUAAGCGUUUUUCAGAGAACAGUGAUAUGAUUUCCCAUCAGGCCAGUCAUAUAGGAGAAAAGAAAUAUACUUGCGUUGAAUGCAAUAAGAGUUAUAGAGGAAAAAAUGGACUUCUAUACCAUCAAACGACACACACAGGGUACAAAAUCCCACCAAGGAAUUUAUUACAGCUCCUUAAAGAAGCUGAUGAUGAUGAUAAACUGCCACAGAGUGAUUUGGAAGAAAAAAAUCACACCAAACAUGAAGUUAAUAUUGAAGACAAGCUCAGCGGUGGGAAGCCCCAGCUACGUCAUUCAACAGACAGUCUGAAACAAGGUUCUCAGCCUGCAAAAGGCUCUAACGAGCUUCAUCUCACAUCUGCACCCCAGCUUCCCUCAGGACAUAACUGCAACAUGAGCUCUGAAUGUGACAUUGAAAAAAAACACUUAUGUCACUGUACAGAAAACCCACAGCAAUGUAUUCAGCCUGUAAACGGCUUCCAUAAGCUCCAUCUCACACCUGUACCCCAGAUUCUCACAGGAAUAAACUGUAUCAAGAAGUUUGAAUGUGGCAGUGAAUCACCUGAGGUCCAUCACCUGACAGAGAAAUGUUUGCCAUGUGCUCAGCCUGUGAAGGGCUCCAACAAGGAUCAUUUCACACCUGUACCACAGCAGGACUCGGGAGCUAACUGCUGUGAGAGCUGGGAGUGUGACAGAGGGUCACCUGAGUUAAAUCAUCCUGCACAGAACCUGCAGCAAUGUGGUCAGUCUGUAAAGAGCUCUGACAAGGUUCACAUCACACCUGUAUCAGAGCUUCACUCAGGACAUAAUGGUAGCAAGAACUCUGAGUGUGACACGACUUUUGUUGUACAGCAAAGUCCAGUUUUAUACCAGAAGAUUCAUAAAGAAGUAAAACUACACAAGUGUCCUGAGUGUGAUAAAGGUUUUGCAUUUCCCAGUGGUCUUCAAAAACACUAUCCCAUUCACUUAGAGGACAAACCGUAUAAAUGUACUGAAUGUAGUAAGAGUUACACACAGAAGACUGGUUUGCUCUACCACCUAAAGAGUCACAGAGGGGAGAAACCAUAUAAAUGUGAUGAAUGUAGUAAGAGUUUUAUACAGAAUAGUGACCUUGUAUGCCAUCAGGCCAUUCAUAGACGGGAGACACCAUAUAAAUGUUCUGAAUGUAGCAAAUCAUAUAAGCAGAAGAAUGCUCUCCUGUAUCAUCAAAAGUCUCACAUGGGGGGCAGACCAUAUAAAUGUCCUGAAUGCAGUAAGAGUUAUAGAGGAAAGAGUGCUUUUCUGUAUCAUCAACUGACUCACACAGGGGAAAGACCAUAUAAAUGUCUUGAAUGCAAUAAGACCUAUACAGUGAAACGUUCUCUUCAGCAGCAUGAAAUAACUCACAGAGGGGAGAAACCAUUUAAAUGUCCUGAAUGUAAUAAGCGUUUUUCAGAGAACAGUGAUAUGAUUUCCCAUCAGGCCAGUCAUAUAGGAGAAAAGAAAUAUACUUGCGUUGAAUGCAAUAAGAGUUAUAGAGGAAAAAAUGGACUUCUAUACCAUCAAAGGACACACACCGGUGAUAGACCGUAUAAAUGUACUGAAUGCAGUAAGUGUUAUACACGCAAAAAUGUUCUUCUUUACCAUCAGAGAACUCACACAAGGUAGAAACGUGACAUCAAAUCAUAUUAGGAGCAAUCUUACAUGAUCUACAAUAGUAAAAUAAAAAUAUCAGUGUUAAGACAAAAAAUCUCAGAGGGUAUGUAAAACAAUGUAGAGGAAGAUGCCAAGCAAGCAGUUAAUUGAUGGACCCAAAAAAGUCUUCUAGGGAAUUGAGAAAGAAAAUGGUAACAAAAGUAGCAACAAAAGUAACGCCUGGGAAAGAAAAUGGUAACAAAAGUAGCAACAAAAGUAACGCCUGGGAAAGAAAAUGGUAACAAAAGUAGCAACAAAAGUAACGCCUGGGAAAGAAAAUGGUAACAAAAGUAGCAACAAAAGUAACGCCUGGGAAAGAAAAUGGUAACAAAAGUAGCAACAAAAGUAACGCCUGGGAAAGAAAAUGGUAACAAAAGUAGCAACAAAAGUAACGCCUGGGAAAGAAAAUGGUAACAAAAGUAGCAACAAAAGUAACGCCUGGGAAAGAAAAUGGUAACAAAAGUAGCAACAAACGUAACGCCAUCCAUAAAAAGAAAGUAAAACAAAUCAGUAAGUUUUGAAGAAGUAGUUAUGAAGAUCCUGUUGAGUGCAGCAUAUACGUUGAAUGGAUAGAAGAGAAAAAAGAAACCGUAAGAGGGCUAAUACAGAUGACAUGAAAUGGAGACACAGCCAGAGAAACUGAGACAAAAGAAAGGCUCUUAUUGGAAAACCCCAUGAAUGAUGCUGUACCCAUGUUCUGGCUAAAUGUAUUAACCUUGUACCUUCAAAUGCAAAUUUGUAUUAAUUAAUAUAACAGAUUCAUGAGAAAAAUAGAUGAAGAUACUUUGGGCCACCAGGACAAAGAAGUGACAGAGGAAGUGUGUAAAUAUGAAUAAUGAAGCACAGAGAUUUUUGAAAAGUAUGUAAAUAAUAAAAAUGGCUAUGGGAAAGAAAACUUAUCUAUUAUUGUGCAAUAUUCAUGCAAAGGAGAAUGUCAGAAGCAGUUCAAACUUUUAACUCAACCUUCCUAAAUAUCUUAAACUCACUAGCCCCAUUACGGAAAGUAAGGAUAAAAGCUACUAUAUCCCUUUGGCUAUCUAAGAAUACUCACACUCUCAUGACAGACUGAGACUGAGCCUGGAAACCUGGACCCAAACUAAACUACCAGCAGAUCUGGAAAAGUAUAAAGAACUGAGAAAUAAUACAAAAAAAUAUUGAUAAAGAUAAAAAAGACUUCUACUAUAGCCCUCCAGCUGCCCUAAAAGCAGAUCCAAAAAAAUUCUGGAAUGCCAUCAUCCUGGUAAUCCUACUUCACCUAACCAUCUCUUGACAAAUCUCCCAAAGAGACUGCUGACUCCUUCAACACCUAUUUAAUUCAGUCAGUAGCCAAACAUUUCAAUCCUAACCUAAAAUGCUCCAGUAACAAUGUUCCAAAUUGCUUGGAACCUCCACCCACAGCCAGCUGUGCAAACUCUUUUUUCCUUAAAGCAGUUCAUACUGCUUACAUCAAAACCAUUCUUUCCAAACUAAAACCAUGGUCUGUUUCUGUUUAUAGUAUCCCAUCUCUGAAGCUAAAGUACCUGCCAUCUGGAAACAGUUCUACACCAUACUUAUUCACAAAGGUGGCAAUUCCACAGAACUCUCAAAGUUCAGACCAAUAGCUAUCCCCUCUCUCCUCCGUCUAAAGUCUUAGAAAAAUGUAUACAUACACAAGUAAUGCAAUAUCUUAUACAGGGCACACUCCUCACUACCACUCAGCAGUUUCCGACCCAAACAUAGUACCACUACAGCUCUACUUUCCUUUCUCAACACCAUUUCUAUAGCUAGAGAUAAUCAUAACCUUAUCUCAUGCUUAUUCCUUGACCUCUCGAUAAUCACAAACUUAUCUCAUGCUUAUUCCUUGACCUCUCGGUAAUCACAAACCUAUCUCAUGCUUAUUCCUUGGCCUCUCGGUAAUCACAAACCUAUCUCAUGCUUAUUCCUUGACCUCUUGAUAAUCACAAACUUAACUCAUGCUUAUUCCUUGACCUCUCGAUAAUCACAAACUUAUCUCAUGCUUAUUCCUUGACCUCUCGAUAAUCACAAACUUAACUCAUGCUUAUUCCUUGACCUCUCGAUAAUCACAAACUUAACUCAUGCUUAUUCCUUGACCUCUCGAUAAUCACAAACUUAUCUCAUGCUUAUUCCUUGACCUCUUGAUAAUCACA